CAAGUGCACUUUCCCUAUGAACCAAUCCACACAUGCCAACAUCAUCCUGAACAUGGAUGCCAAGGAGAAGAAAGAAGAAGGACAGGGCACUCCCAAAUCCCUCCAUCUUGGGACCCCUGACCCCCAUGUACAGAAUUUCAAACCCCCCUGUACAACAUACAAAACCCCCUGUACAGUGCUCCAAAGUUUUUCCCUUCACCCUGUGAUUCCUACUUCUACGCUACUUAAACUUUUGUGGCCUGUAAUUCUUCAUAUAAGGUUGGCAAUUUGCUCCAUGAAUUAAGAUCAAAUUUCCAGGUGUCUUUGGCUUCCUGCCAGGGUCUCCGAGUCCCUGCCAGGGCUUUGAGACAUCCAGGGCAUCCAGAGAGAUGCUCUGGGUUCCAACAGACCCACGGGCCCCUCAGAAGCUCUGAGAAGAGGGACCCCCAUAACUUCAAACAAGGACACUGGAAACAGGGAACCCCUGGGAGAGUGGUUUUGAACUUGCUGAUUUUUAGAGGUAUUUCUGGCCACCAGACACCCAGUGACUUCUACAGAUGGACUUGGCCAGUGGACCAUCAAAGGCAAUGCACUUACAUCUUGUUUUUCCCCAAAUCAGGAUUUCGCAUUCCCAAACCUUAUCUGGAUGAAGGGGAAGGCUGCGAGGAAGCAGAAGAUGCCUCGGGACGCUGAGGCAGACAAGGAGCUGAGGAUGGGGAGCAGGGAAGACAAAUCCCCACGGCAGAACCUCAUGGACGAGGCCAUUUUGAGCAGCUCCAUGGCACAGGAGCCUAAUGGGGCUAAAAAGCCUCGGAGAUCCCUCAGGAGGAGGGGCUCCAAACCCAGCCCAGGAUGCUCCAAGGGGAAAAGACCCAGCCUGUGCCAGGAAGGCAGCCAGAGAUCUGGCCAGAGCUCUGAGGUGGUAGCCAGUGAGCAGCAUGACAAUGGCAAGAAGCCCCACUGGUGCUUGGAAUGUGGGAAAAGUUUCCUCAAGAACUCCUACCUGGUCGUCCACCAGAGGAUCCACACCGGGGAACGGCCAUAUAAGUGUGGGGAAUGUGGGAAGAGCUUCAGGAUCAGCCACCACCUGAUGAACCACCAGAGGAUCCACACCGGGGAACGGCCCCACGAGUGUGGGGAAUGUGGACAGAGGUUCAAGAUCAGCUCUGCCCUGAUCGUCCACCGAAGGACCCACACUGGGGAACGGCCCUAUGCGUGUGGGGAAUGUGGACAGAGCUUCAGGAUCAGCUCCCACCUGAUCCGCCACCAGAGGAUCCACACCAAUGAACGGCCCUAUAAAUGUGGAGAAUGUGGGAAAGGCUUCAGGAGGAGCUCCAGCCUGAAACUCCACCAGAUGACCCACACUGGGAUACGCCCCUAUGUGUGUGGGGAGUGUGGGAAGGGCUUCCGUGACAGCACUGGCCUGAUCAUCCACCAGACAAUGCACACUGGGGAAUGUCCCUACACGUGCUCUGAAUGUGGGAAGAGCUUCAUGGGGAACGCCAGCCUGAUUAUGCACCAGAGGAUCCACACUGGGGAGAGGCCCUACGAGUGCGGGGAAUGUGGGAAAAGCUUCAGUGCGCCCUCCGCCCUGAUUUUCCACCAGAGGAUCCACACUGGAGAGAGGCCCUACAAAUGUGAGGAAUGUGGGAAAAGCUUCAGCAAGAGGUCCGGCCUGACUGUCCACCAGAGAAUUCACACUGGGGAGAGGCCCUACAAGUGUGGGGAAUGUGGGAAAAGCUUCAGCCAGAGCUCCAGCCUGACUGUCCACCAGAGGAUCCACACUGGGGAGAAGCACUAUGAGUGUCCUGAGUGUGGGGAGAGGUUUCAGAGCAGAUACCGUCUCCUCAAGCAUCAGCAGAUUCACACAGAAUAGAGGCCCUUCCGCUGCCCCGACUGCGGGAGGGGCUUUAAGAGAAACUCCACCCUCAUCACCCACCAGCGGAUCCAAGCUGGGGAGAGGCCCUAACAGUGUCCCAAGUGUGGGAAGCGCUUCUCCCAGAACUCUACUGUGACCCAGCACCAAGGGAGGCAGCAGUAAGGGAAGGCCUACAAGUGCCCCGUGUGCGGGAAGAGCUUUGAGCACUGCUCCAACUCCAUCCCCAUUGGAUGGUCCACGAUGACCCUCAUUGGGCAGAGACUUGGUGAUCCAUGGUCCUUUUGAUCCAUGUUAGGAAGAAACCUGGCUGGUGAUCUCCACCUGGCUCCUCUUAGACACUUGGGCAGCAGGAGAAAAAUCCAUUGGGUUGCAAACCAACAUCAGAAUUUCAUAGGGGACAGUACAGUUUUUUACUUUCAACCCCAAAAAUAUCUCACGUUUUGCAUCCAAUCAUUUCUUCAGGUGGCAUCAAGGAAUACUCGAUGGUGUUGGAGGUCUUUUCCAACCUAAAUCAUUCCAUGAUUCUAAUUGUAUCUGGCCCAUAGGCGUCUUGCACAGCCAAAUGGUGAUGGACUGGGGCACAAAACCAGGAUUUUGGAGACAAUGGAGUGGAAAUUCCUCUAGAAAAGAUCCUUUCUACCCACCCAGGCACAUGGAUACUCAGCCAGCAUGUACACGUAAAUCCUUUUAUUUUGGCCUUGAUUUUCCUUCAUAUUUCUUCAUCCCUUCACCCACCAUUGGGGUAAAAAUAAAGACAUUUAACUAA